UCCCGGACCAGGUAGGCACAGCGACGGGGAGGGGAGCCAGAGACCAUGGGGCUCCUGACCAUCCUGAAGAAGAUGAAGCAGAAGGAGCGAGAGCUGCGGCUCCUCAUGCUCGGACUGGACAAUGCGGGCAAGACCACCAUCCUGAAGAAGUUCAAUGGGGAGGACAUCGACACCAUCUCACCCACCCUGGGCUUCAACAUCAAGACCUUGGAGCACCGAGGGUUCAAGCUGAAUAUCUGGGAUGUGGGUGGCCAGAAGUCCCUGCGCUCUUACUGGCGGAACUACUUUGAGAGCACAGACGGCCUCAUCUGGGUGGUGGACAGUGCUGACCAACAGCGCAUGCAGGACUGCCGGCGGGAGCUGGAGAGCCUCCUUGUGGAGGAGCGCCUAGCAGGAGCCACUCUGCUGAUCUUUGCCAACAAGCAGGACCUUCCUGGGGCUCUGUCCUCGAAUGCCAUUCGAGAGAUCCUGGAGUUAGAUGCCAUCCGAAGUCACCACUGGUGCAUUCAGGGCUGCAGUGCUGUGACGGGAGAAAACCUGCUUCUGGGGGUCGAUUGGCUGCUGGAUGACAUCUCCAGUCGCAUCUUCACUUCAGAAUGAUCCUCUCCCCCCCUGCCCACUCCUGGACUGACCCCUUGACCCCUCAGCACAUCCCAAUGGUCCAGAUCCUCCCUGGUCUAGGUCUCCCCUUCCCCACUGCCCACAGGGAGCCAUGAAUGGAGGGGACCCCAGCUAACCCCUCCUUCCCCACAUCAUAACCAGAUGCUGCUCUGUGGAGACGCCUUCCUUCCUGGGGAGGAGGGGAUCCUCGUUCCCUAACCCUAGGCCCUCCUUUGGCACUUUAUCUGGGAAGGAGGAGGGGGAGAGGGUUGUGGACUCUUGGAAGAGUAGGAAUGGCCCCUGCUGGCACUGAGUCUGGAGAGUCUCUUCCUCUAUUCAACUGUCACAAUAAAAGCCCUCUGCCCCUGA